UCAAAAUUAUUUUCUUUGAGUCUUUCUUGUUAGGGUUUCAUACACAAAUUGGGCUUCUUCAACAUUCGAGGUUGGUGCAAAGAUUUUUAUAAAAUAUAUAUUGGAAUUUAAUCUCAUUUUUGUCAUUAUGUAUGCACUAAUUAUUUAACAAGAAUCGGUGGUUAGUGCUAAGAAUCGUCUUUUAGCUUAAUCCUACAUGACCCCAUUAUAAAUUAUCUUGUUAAUUUUGUUAAAUCUAUAUGUAAAGUUUUGACCUUUUUGGAUUUUAGCUUCUGGGUAUGAAUCUUUAUUCAUAUAUAUGAUUUGGGUUUUUGUCAUAUGUUAAAAAAGACUGUUUCUUUAAGGUUAGGAUUACAAAAUGAUCUGUUCUGUUUGACAAGAUUAAAUAUUGUUGUUAUUAUCUGUUCUGUUCAAUGAUGGGACUUAUAGAAGAUAGAUUGUUUUCUAGGCAUACAAAUGUUAAAGUUUCUUGGAUGAAAUAUCAAAUCUAUAGAAAAGAUAGUAGUAGUAGUAGUAGUAGUAGUAGUCUUAUUAUGCCUGCUCCACCUUCAUCGAUAUCGUUUUCGCCACCAUUUAGUUAUACUUUUCAUAAAACAUCAAAUACUUCAUCAUCAUCUUCAGGUACUAAAAUAAGUCCUGCCGUUCUGUUCAUUAUAGUAAUCUUGGCAGUAUUGUUUUUUAUAUCUGGUUUGCUGCACUUGCUUGUUAGAUUCUUGACAAAACAUAAUUCUUCGUCGAAUUCCCCUCAUUCGAAUCGGUUUCCAGAUGGUUCACCAUCUGAUGCACUGCAAAGACAACUGCAACAGCUUUUCCAUUUACAUGAUUCUGGUUUAGAUCAAACGUUUAUCGAUGCUUUGCCUGUUUUUAUGUAUAAAGAAGUAGUAGGUGCUAAUGAACCGUUUGAUUGUGCGGUUUGUCUGUGUGAGUUCACUGAGAGUGAUAAGCUGAGAUUGCUUCCUACUUGUAGCCAUGCUUUUCAUAUCAGUUGUAUAGAUACUUGGCUUUUAUCGAACUCGACUUGCCCUUUAUGUAGAAAUACCCUUUUUGACCCUGGGUUUUCUAUGGAUAACCCGAUAUUUGAUUUUGAUGACCCGAGGGAAGCAGAUGAAAGUGGGAUUUCUACUGUUUUGAAGACAGUUGAACCAGAACAAGUUGUAACUGAAAAGGGGGUUUUUUCUGUGAGACUUGGGAAGUUUAGAAAAACGAGUGAAGGUGAAAGUGAAACUGGAGGUGAAACUAGUAGUAGUAAUUUAGAUGCAAGAAGAUGUUAUUCGAUGGGUUCUUAUGAGUAUGUGGUUGGUGACACGAAUCUUAGGGUCCCGUUGAGUCGCCAAAGAGAUUUGGAAGAUGCAAAUUUUGUGAAAGAUGUAACUCCACUUGACCGAAUUGAGGAUCAUACUGUUGAUGAAGAUAUUGAAGGGAAAAAGAUCAAUAUUGGUGCGAAAACAGAUAGUUUUUCGGUUUCUAAGAUUUGGUUAUGGUCUAAGAAACGGAAAUUUGCAAGUUCUUCUGACAAUAUGAUGCAUAAUCCAUCUUCAGUUGACAUGGAAUUACCGCGAAUGGGGAGAUUGUGAGGUACAUGAGAAAACGUUCUUUUCCAUCUUGUGUAUGUUUACUAUUGAAUGAUUAGUAGUCAAAUAGUCAUCUGUUCUUGCUAAUAUUAUGAAAUUAAUUAUAUUCUGAUGCAAGAUUUAUGAUGAUGCAAAUUUUCUAUCCUAAA